AUGUUGCGCUUCUGUGUCAAAGACUUUGAUUCCACUACAAGCAAUGAUUUCAUUGGCGAAUUCUCUAUACCAUUGUCCAGUGUGCGAAGAGGUUACUCGCAGAUCCGCUUGAAUACCGGCUUUCAACAUGUUUUCGAUGAAACAGCCACUCUUUUUGUUAGAAUUGCCAUAGAUGACCUGUAA